ACAUACUCUACGCUACAGGUGGCCAUCGCUACCCAUUGGUGACCUCACCACUUACCUAUGUUUGUAUUUUGACUGGUAAUAGUAAUUUUCCCAGAAAUUGUAUUGUACAACGGCGAGACGAUAUUUAUGAGCCACCGCGUUUUCUCUCUCCUCCGACGGCGUUUACUAGUCUCUGUCAGUCUUACACGACUCUCUCUCCCUCUCUCCUCAACCAUUUCGUCUCCAAACUGGGUCCCCCUUCUCGUCCUCUGGAUCUAGUCAUAUUCUGUAAAUUUUCUCACAAAUUUACAGCUUUCACAGAAAAUCAUUUCGAAUCUUCUCAACUUCGCUGCUUUCUCCGAUCAAAUUGCUAGGUACGGACUUGGAUGGGUCGAGCUCUCAAUGUAUCGCAUACCUCGAUUCUUCACUCAUAGCGAGAAGCAAAAGAGCAUGGACUGGAAGAAGAAUAAGAAGAAGAGUCGUCCCAAGCUCGAGCGUCGAUUCGCGAACAAGAACAUAGACUACGAACCCUCGUCAUCAUCAUCGUCGUCGUUGGCGUCAUCGCCGGCGUCGGAGGAUUCGCCGGCUCACCGAACUCGAUCGCUUGAUUUGUCGCCUUUAGGGCACGUAACUAGCUUCAGAGUUCAAGGUAAUGACGGCGAAUUCGAAUUGAUUUGCAAGAGUCUAGGGCUCAGCGGGCCCGAAGAUUUCGCGAUUCCAGCGGCGGCGUGGGAGGCGAGGAAGCUCCGCUUAUCUUCAUCUGAUCUUCAUCCAAUUUCGGGAUUUCGGAAUCUGGAAAGCCCUAGGGCUGAUCCGAAAGUUGAUGAUAAUGAUAGUGGGGCUAAUGAAUUGUCUAAUGGAUUUGCAGAUAGGGUUAGGGUUAAUGAUGAAUCUGUUGAUGUUUGUGAAUUGUCUGAUAAAUUUGGAGACAGUGUUAGGGUUUGUGAAUUGUCAGAUAAAUUUGGAGACAGUGCUAGGGUUAGUGAAGUUAUGGAUAAUCCGAUUACUGCUAAGACUUCUCGGAGUUGCGGAGGUGGAAUUAAGGGUGUUCGCCCACCUGUUCUUGCUCCGCCGCCGUCAAUUUCGUUGCCACGUCUGGACAAUGUUCUUGCUCCGCCGCCGUCAAUUUCGUUGCCACGUAUGGACAAUUCGUGCUCAACUUGGGAUAUUUUGAAGUCUUUUGCUCCGGAUUUUAAUAUUGAUUUGUCUUCUGCAAGAGAGUACAGUUCUUCUGACGAUGAUGAAGAAGAGAUAGUUGAGCAAAAGAGAUUAAAUGGGGUUAUGUUGGGAGAGAGACGAGAGACUGCUGUUCAUUCUAAGUCAAGUUCGUUUACGACCACGAAUGAUGAUGAUUGUUGGAGUCUCACGACGGAGGGCAUGUCGAACAUUUCGCCAAAUGAUAGAUUGUCGAACAUUUCGCCAAAUGAUAGAUUUAGUUCCAUCGUUGGGGACUGGGUAAAGGGUCAGCUUCUGGGCCGUGGGUCGUUUGGAUCCGUGUACGAAGGCAUUGCUGAUGGAGGUGUCUUUAUUGCUGUGAAGGAAGUUUCUUUGCUUGAUCAAGGAGACCAGGGAAGGCAAAGCAUUUCCCAACUUGAACAGGAGAUUGCUCUUCUUAGUCAGUUUGAGCAUGAGAACAUAGUUCGAUAUUAUGGCACAGAUAAGGAUGAAUCAAAUCUGUAUAUCUUUCUCGAGCUGGUAACCAAAGGUUCCCUUUUAAGUCUCUAUCAGAAGUAUAAUCUUCAAGAUUCUAUAGUCUCCUCAUACACAAGGCAGAUUUUGCAUGGUCUGAAGUAUCUUCAUGAGCGAAAUGUGGUUCACAGGGAUAUAAAAUGUGCUAAUAUAUUGGUGCAUGCUAAUGGAUCUGUUAAACUCGCAGAUUUUGGAUUGGCAAAGGCGACUAAGUUAAAUGAUAUCAAAUCUUGCAAGGGGACUCCAUAUUGGAUGGCACCUGAGGUUGUUAAACGGAAUGACCAGGGGUAUGGGCUUCCAGCAGAUAUAUGGAGCCUUGGGUGCACUGUCUUAGAGAUGUUGACCCGUCAGAUUCCAUACGCUAAUUUAGAAUCUAUGCAGGCAUUGUUCCAGAUUGGAAGGGGUGUGCCACCACCUGUUCCUGAUUCUCUUUCUAGAGAUGCACGGGAUUUCAUCUUUAGAUGCCUACAAGUUAAACCAAAUGAUCGCCCCACUGCUGCUGAUCUUUUGGAUCAUCCAUAUGUUAGGAGGCCACUUCCAUCUUCCUCGGGCUCAUCAUCUCCGUACAAUUUUGGUCGACGGGUUUAAUAGCUCGCAUGAACUAUAAAGUGUUGAAGAUAAUGGAGCUCCGUCCAUCACUAUUUAUUUGCAACAGAGAAGCCUCAGGUCACAUUACUGAUCCAACGGAUUGCAGUUAUUUGAUUUUUCACACAGAUAAUAACAUGUCUGGCUUGUUGAAAGUUUGAGAGGCUUCAUGCACCAUCUGGAAUCCGCCAGUGAAUAUGAGACUCCAUGAGAACUGCUAUACCAUGAUGAGCACUGUUUGGAGUUUGUUGCACCAGACCACAAUUGCUUUAAGGUUAUCAUUGUUAUUCUUUUAUUGUUGCGCAAAAUGAAUUUCUCGCCAAUGACAGGUUUUUAGAAUAUUGUCAUCUUCGCUUUUCCUUCAAUUGUUGUGGGUUAAUUGUGGAAGUUAAAUUGUGUUUGAGCAAUUGUUGUAAAGAUCCGAAUUAGAUGUUAGUUGUAUAUAUAUUUCCAUUCGAACAACUUGACAUGCAUUAUUACAUUUUGCACCUAGCAAAAUUCUAAGGGAGUGUCUUCUGUGUUCUGUUUUCCUUUUC